CUACUGAUCUUCUUUUGGCUUGGAAUCCAAUUUGUCUGGGUUUGAUCGAAGGAAUUAUUGGCAAAAUUCAGCUUCAUACAGAUUUGCCUUGGUGGCUGCUUCUAAUUCGCCAAAAAGUAGUUGUUGGCAAGCUUCCAGGAGAUCAUGAUGUAUGUAAAAUUACAAAAAUUAUUGCAAUACCACUUUCUGAAGCAGAACCUCAGGAUCUAGACUUGGAGCCCUGUAAAAAACAUCAUUUUGGAAUAUACAAAACAGAAAAAAUUACACAGUCUCCAGAUGAUUCUAAAUUUCUGCUGAGAACCUUCACUCAGAUAAAAACAAAUGUUUCCUCUUCUAAUAAAAAGAAGGUGAGAAGGAAACUGUUACUUACUUCUGUGCACAUUUUGAAGAACAAUUAAACAUUUAUAAAAAACAGAUUAUCAUUAACCUAGUGGACCAGGCUGGACGAGAAAAAAUUAUUGGCGAUGCUUACCUUAAGCAAGUUUUAUUGUAUAAUAAUCCAAGCCUCACAUAUGUUUCAUUUGAUUUCCAUGAACAUUGCCGUGGAAUGAAGUUUGAAAAUGUUCAAACCCUUACAGAUGCCAUUUCUGACAUAAUCACCGAUGUAAAGUGGUGCUGGGUGGACCAAGCUGGUGUAAUUUGUAAACAGGAAGGAAUUUUCCGUGUUAACUGUAUGGAUUGUCUGGAUCGAACCAAUGUUGUUCAAGCAGCAAUUGCUCGCGCCGUUAUGGAACAGCAGCUAAAAAAAUUAGGAGUGAUGCCCCCAGAACAAGCAUUGCCAGUGAAAUGCAAUAGAAUUUAUCAGAUCAUAUGGGCUAACAACGGUGAUGCCAUAAGCAGGCAAUAUGCUGGAACAGCAGCUUUAAAGGGUGACUUCACAAGGACUGGUGAAAGGAAGCUGGCAGGAGUUAUGAAAGAUGGUGUUAACUCUGCAAAUAGAUACUACUUAAACCGCUUCAGAGAUGCUUACAGACAAGCAGUCAUAGAUUUAAUGCAGGGUAUUCCUGUGACAGAAGAUCUCUAUUCCAUAUUUACCAAAGAGAAAGAGCAUGAAGCCUUGCACAAGGAAAAUUUGAGGACUCACCAGGAAUUGAUUAGCCAAUUAUUGCAGAGUUACAUGAAAUUGCUUUUACCAGACGAUGAAAAAUUUCAUGGUGGUUGGGCACUGAUUGACUGCGACCCCAGCCUUAUUGAUGCUACUCAUAGAGAUGUGGAUGUUCUUCUUCUACUUUCUAACUCUGCAUACUACGUAGCCUACUAUGAUGAUGAAAUAGAUAAAGUCAAUCAGUAUCAAAGGCUGAGCCUUGAAAAUUUGGAGAAGAUAGAAAUAGGUCCUGAACCAACAUUCUUCGGAAAACCCAAGUUCUCGUGCAUGAGGCUUCAUCAUAAAUACAAAGAUACAAGUGGGUACUUUCAUACGCUUAGAACUGUGGUGCGCAGCCCUGAAGAGGAUGGAAAAGACACUCUUCAGUGCAUUGCAGAAAUGCUGCGAAUCACCAAGCAGGCCAUGGGAUUAGAUGUCCCCAUUAUUGAGAAAAAACUGGAGAGGAAGAGCAGCAAACCACAUGAGGACAUCAUUGGGAUCAGAUCCCAGAACAGAGGUUCUUUGGCCCUGGGGAAGAAUUACUUAAUGAACAAGUUUUCAUCUCUUAAUCAAAAAGUGAAACAAACCAAAUCCAACGUGAAUAUCAGCAAUCUUAGAAAACUGGGAAACUUUACAAAGCCUGAAAUGAAAGUCAAUUUCUUAAAGCCCAAUCUGAAAGUAAAUCUUUGGAAAUCCGACAGUAGUCUUGAAACCAUGGAAAAUGCCAUGACUGAUACUAAUGCCAAUAUAGAAUCGGACAUUGAGAUUUCGUCUGAUAACGACUCGUUCCAUUCAGAUGAUUUCCUGACAAAUUCCAGAUCUGACGACGACCAGCAAUUCAUGGACUCUUUAGAGAGCGGGCAGAUAGAUUAUGUCUUACCUAGUUGUGGUAUCAUUGCAUCUGCUCCUCGGUUAAAUAGUCGGUCCCAAUCUGUGAGCAGCACCGAUAUCAAUAUUAGCAUCCCUGUUCCUUCAGACAUCCACACUGCACAAUCUGGACACCGAAUGAACAAGGAACGUGAAGGCAAAACUUUUCAAGAAGCUCUUUCUGCUGAAGAUACAACACUAGAUACCACUAAACAGAUUGAUGUUUACUGUCACAGAUUUGUCCAGGAUGCUAAAAUCAAGAUGAACAACAGUGUUUCAGAAUAUGAGAGAAGUCCUCAAGAACUCCCAGAAGUGGCGCAUAAUACUAGCAAUAAUGCUCCUAGGGCAGCUGAUUGUUUGGGAACUAAUAAGGCUCCUUCUAGACCAUCUAAACUGGAUGUAUCGUUUUCCGAGACAGGACCACAAUAUUUAGUGGUUGAACAGAUGAAUUUAUUUAAGUCUCCUAAAAGCCCAGGCUCCUCAUCUAUUGUUCUUGAAGCUGAGCCAGGGUUUCCUGCGACUCCUUCACCAGCAGAGAAUAAUGGUAGCAGGGCCGUCUCUCCCUUUGCGAAGAUACGCAAUUCAAUGGCACAGGUAGCUAACAUUACACAAGCUGGCUUAACCCAAGGAAUCAACUUUGCUGUGGCUAAAGUCCAGAAGAGCCCAGCUGAACCAGAAACUAUUAAUGAAAGUCAGCAAAAUGAAUUGAAAGAAAUGUUUACCCAGUGUCAAACACGAAUAAUUCAGAUUUAGAGCUCAAGAUUCCAUUGUAUAUACUAUUGAAGAAAUAUGGUGUAACAUAAAAUUCUAGGGAAGAAGGGCAAGCUGAGUAUUGUUAUUAAGAAUACCAGUAACAAUGUUUACAGAAACCGAUGAGAAAAAUUAGUUAGGUUUUGAACAGGUUUCAGAACUGUUUUGUAGCAAGUGAGCGACAGUAAAUUAUACUAAACAAGUAACUUGCACAGCAAUUGUUGACGUGCAUGCUGUUUGUUUAGGUGAUCGGAUACACAAUUAUAUCUUUUGGGGCAAGUUUUUUAUAAGUCUUCAGAUUUGUGUAGAAUAUUUAUAUUAAGGAUCUGGUACUAAACACCUGUUACCUUAUUAAUCUUGCACUGUACCAGUGAAUAUUUUACUCAUAGAUGGCAUUCUAUUUAUUUUUCUUCAGAUUUUUUUUAUUUAAUUUUUUAAACAUUUGUGUUCCUUGAACAGGUUUCAUUCCUAAGGAAAUGGUCACUGAGGAGGGAGUAUUUAAAAAAAAAAUAUGCCUAGGCAUUUAUUCUACCUCUCCUUCACCAGUUCCUUGCUUCUUUCUACCUCUGUUGGUUUAGUAGUUAUGGUGUCUGAAAGUAUGUUUGUUAAAGCUUUCAGGGCAACUGCUGAAAGGGCUUUUCUAGCUGAAAAUAAUAAUAAUCCUCUUUUAAAAAUAAAAUCAAUAUGUCUGGUAACCAUAAUACAUUAUUUUACAAGACACUAGUUGCAUAUUCUUAGAGUGUAGUCUUUUGUGGAAUAAAGCAAAAUUCUUAAGCUUGAUAUCAAAUUUUGAUUAAAAAUAUAUCCAUGAGGAGAUAUUAUCUAAACAUAUCCAAGGGAUCAUUUUCAGUAAUAACUGACAACAUAUUCCUCCAUAAUACUUUACCUUAUUCUGUCUAAAAUGUGAUCAGUGCAAUGUGUUUCAGAAGUUACUGUAGCUAUAAUCUUAACAUCAGUUUUAGCAGAGAAAUGAAUGUUUAAAUACUAGCUCAUUUUUUAGAAGCAUUCUGUUGCCCAAGAGUCUUGUGAUAGAUGAACUACAAUAGAAUGUAGCAGCAGAAACAACACUGAAUGCAAUCUUGUUCCUUCAUCCUUAUUAUCUUUAUUCUGGAAGUUGGGUUUCUGUUAGUACACGUGUACUAUAGCUAGAUUGCAUGUAGUAUUCUGAACAGCUAAUGAGUCAAUUAUAAUGUCUGAAUGUGUCUACUAUAUCAGAAGUGAUAACUUACUUAAGCUGUCUUUUGUGUGAUACUUUUGUACUGUUUGUAUUUUGUUAUUUAUUUAUUAAUACUUUGUGUGUGUUCUUUUGAGAGUAUCUAUACAUUUAAGUAUAUUUAGAAUAAAACUAUUGUUUUAAUGUGGGAAACAAGAGCUAUUUUAAUAAAAAAAUAAAAUACUAUGCAUUUUGGCGUAUAUGGUUCAAGAUACUAA